AAAAAGUAAAAGGGUAUCUUUCUAAUCUUGUUAAGUUUUCAACUUAUAUACAACUCAAAUUCUCACAGUUCACAUUAACACAUAGUGAUCCCACUUGGGUCUAUACUCCAUCUUGAUAUCUACUUCUUGUUUUUUUGUUACAAAUAUAUGAAUUUUAACAAUCAUUAUUCAACGCUAGAACUGUCAUUUUUUGUUUGUUGUUGAUUUAAAGGUCAAUUUCUUUUGUUUUUGGAUAGUACAAAAGCAAACACUUUUAUAAAGAAGAAUUUUGGGUUCAAAUACAUCAUUCAUACCAACAUCCAAUAUUGUUUGCAAAUUCAAGAUUGGAAGCCAUGAAUGUUGCUGGUCCCAAUGAAGCACCAGUGAGACUUGAGGGGAAGUCUGUAGCAAUUUUUGUAUGUUGGAUUCUUGGAUUUGGAUCUUUGGUAGCAUGGAAUAGUAUGUUAACUAUAGGAGAUUACUAUUAUCAAGUAUUUCCUGAUUACCAUCCAUCAAGGGUCCUUACCCUUGUCUACCAACCGUUUGCUAUAGGAACAAUGGCCUUACUUGCUUAUAACGAAUCAAAAGUCGAUACAAGAAAACGUAACAUUGCAGGAUACAUUUUGUUCUUUUUGUGCACUCUAGCCCUCAUUGUGAUAGAUUUAGGGUCAUCCGGGAAGGGCGGAAUUGGGAAUUACAUUGCUAUAUGUGUUUUUGUCGCGGGUUUUGGUGUAGCUGAUGCUCAUGUUCAAGGUGGAAUGGUUGGAGAUUUGGCUUUCAUGAAACCAGAAUUCAUGCAGUCAUUCUUUGCUGGUUUAGCAGCAUCAGGAGCUCUAACCUCUGGUUUAAGGCUAAUCACAAAAGCCGUCUUCGACAAAUCUUCUAAUGGUUUAAGGAAAGGGACUAUGUUAUUUUUAUCGAUUUCUACAUUCUGCGAGUUUCUAUGUAUUUUCCUCUAUGCCUUUGUAUUUGCUAAAUUACCAAUUGUGAAGUAUUAUCGCGCGAAAGCAGCACGAGAAGGAUCAAAAACUGUUUCCUCUGAUCUUGCUGCUGCAGGAAUCCAAGCUGAACCUAAUGGCAUGGCUGAUAUUGGUGAUAAGCUUCCUGAGCGAUUAAGCACCAAAGAAUUGUUGGUCAAGAAUAUUGAUUACGCACUGGAUUUGUUUUUGAUAUAUGUCCUUACUCUGUCUAUUUUCCCUGGCUUCUUGUAUGAAAAUACAGGACACCAUCAACUGGGAUCAUGGUACCCCCUUGUUCUAAUAGCUAUGUACAAUGUCUGGGAUCUCAUAUCAAGAUACAUUCCUCUAAUUAAAUCAAUCAAAAUGACAUCACGAAAGGGGCUAAUGAUUGCUAUAUUGUUACGUUUCUUAUUUGUUCCCGCCUUCUAUUUCACUGCAAAAUACGGUGAUCAAGGUUGGAUGAUUAUGCUUAUAUCCUUGCUCGGAUUGACAAAUGGUUAUCUCACCGUAUGUGUCAUGACUGUAGCUCCUAAAGGAUACACGGGUCCAGAGGCGAACGCUUUAGGAAACAUCUUGGUGUUGUUUCUUCUUGCUGGAAUUUUUGCCGGAGUCGCUCUUGAUUGGCUCUGGAUAAUUGGUAAUGGAAGCUUUUGAGUAAUAAGUUGUCUUAGUUGAAAAUAAUUUCAGCUUUUGUUUAAAUUUUUAGUUAGCUUUAGUUGUUUUCUUUUUGAUUUUUGAUUGUUUGAAAUGGUGGUCUUGCAACUGGUUAUCGUGGUGUAGCUAAGUUAUAUAGAAAUUUUUAAUGUAUACACGAACUAUAGAUACUCUCAAGGUAUGUUCUCCAAGCGUGCCCAAGAGACAUUAUUUUUGUGAACGAUUUAUAAAAGUCCUUUAUUAAAUUUAAAAUUUUAGAUAA